UUUCAAAUUUAAUUUUUUGGAUCAGAUUUGAAUCCGAAGGACGCGCCAUUUUUUCGGAUGUUGUCACCUCCGCCGCCACCACCGCAUGAUCUGGAGCCUGCUCUCGGUCCCAUUAUCAUCAGCAACGUCAACGCCGGUGUCGAGUUCAUCGACGACCUCGCCAAUGACGACGAGCGCGAUGAACUGAUAGAACAGAUGAAUCUGCACGGAAACUCGAUCCAGUCGAUGGACGGCCUGGAAGCUUUCACUGGGUAUAAUACGUAGACUGGCAGUUGCAAUAACAAACGGAGAAAGCUCACGGGUGUUUGCCAACGCUGGUAGAUUGGUGGAACUCUGUCUGUCGAGCAAUUAUAUUGAGGAGAUAUCGUUCCAUGCACUGCAGUCGUUGGUGCAUCUCCGCGUGCUGGACUUGUCGGCUAAUAGCAUUUCAUCUACGCUUGGAUUCCCACAACUGCCACGUCUUGAGGAACUAUCCAUGGCUCACAACUGUCUGCAUGGCUUCAACGGUCUGACGCGCCCCGUUAAGUUCCCUAAGCUGCAGUACUUGGAUCUACGAGGCAACGAGAUCUCAGAAUUAAAUGACCUGGCCGUGUUGCAGAGACUAAAGCGACUCUCUCACCUCCGACUACAAGCAGCUAAUGGCGACCAAGCCAACCCAGUAUGCGACCUGGAUGGCUAUCAGCAUAACAUUAUAGAGAUGCUACCAAGGUUGAAAUUACUGGAUGAGGAAGAAGUCGAGUUUUUGAAAGAGAUGGGCAGUCUACACAUGCCAAAGUAUCGCUCACUAAUGCGCCGAAUCGUCGAAAGCAAACGGAAUCCAAGUCAAAAUCCACGUGAUAUUAGACGAGAGCCUGCAACGUCGGAUCUACACCGACAAAAUCGAUGUUUCAAGAGCCAAAACAAUAGUGAACGAGGAGUGCUGCCUCUCAGUGUGGACACAGAAGAACACCCGCAAGACGGAGAGAAGAAGGUGUCUGCAGCUUCGCCCCUUCCAGCCACCGUUGAAUCUGAAGACCCUAGAAGGCAGUCUCAACAGCGCAUUAUCCUGAAUGAUACCAGUACAAACACCAGUGUGGAUCUGGAGAAGGACAUUUUGAAGCGUGAACAAGUCAUUGGACAGCGAGAGACUGAAUUCUUAGAGAAGGAGAAGGCUUUCCUGACAAAGGAGAAUGAGUUUUUCGUUAAGGAGAAAAGCUUGCUGUCGCAGCUUGCUGAUCUUCAGGAAAGGUUAGAGAUUGCAGAGACCCGAGCAACCAAAGCGGAGGCCACUGUGAUGGAAAUGUCGAGUCGUCUACUUCAGAAAGAGAAGGAUCAAGCUGAUGAAUUUAUGACUUCUCAGUCUCAAACAGAGAAGCAGUUAGAGUAUGAAGCUACUCUUACUGCACUGAAAGGCUCGCAUCAACAGGAGAUAGAGCGUCUCAGUGCUGACAAGGAUGAGUUAGAGAAGAAGUUUACAGCACUGGAAGCGGAUUACACAAUAGUAACGCAGAGAUUUCGUGAAGCUGAAGAACGUUUACAGCAGAAGAUUGUUACAUUGGAUAAAAGUGAGAACAAGGUACAGGAGCUUACUGGAGAGUUGGAACUUGCCCGUAAAACACACGAAGCCAUCGCUACCCAGUUAUCAGAUGAAGUCAAGUACCAUAAAGACCGCGUGGAUCAAGCUGACAAGCGCAACAGUCAACUGGAAAAGCAAGUGACCGAGUUAAAGACGAACGUUGAGACUGUUUACAACAAAUGUAUCGAGAAAGAUGAAGCCAUUCAACAAUUGAAAAAGAGUUUAGUCGCUCGUCAAGAUGAGAUCGGCACGCUAAGAUCUCAACACGAAAAAGAUACUGAGCGUCAAGACAAGUUACAGCAGCAACAACAAGAUCUAUACGAACGUCAGCUACAAGCGUCGAUCAUCCAGGUAGAAAUGGAGUUUCGUAAGGAGUUUCAGCAAUCAGCACAAAAGUUCCAGCUAUUACAACGUAAAAACCAGGAACGUAUCAAGGAGAUCAAGCGCGUUCAAGAGGCGUAUCAAGUGAGUCUCCAACGCGAGGCUGCAGCAAAGGCCGAGAUCGAGAAGCUUGAAGCCAUUCUAGCAGACGACAAGAAGAAGUUGUUUGUGGAGGAUUCUAAGCGUUCGGAUACAUUCAAAGCAGAAAUCCGCGAGCAAAAAGCCAAGCGUAAAGAACUGGAACUACAGCUUCUAGAAGAGCAGAAAAAGUCUGCACAACUGGCUGCUGUAACUGCAGAAAGCGACGAGAAAAGGCUUGAAAACGAGCGACUUCGAGAAGAGAUUCGAGCUUUAGAAGAACAGCGCGAGUCCUGGAAGAAACUGGAGGAUGAUCUACGUGCUGCUCUUAAAGUGAAAGAUGUUAUGCACGCUGAUAAGCUACGUCAGAUUAAGGAGCUUACUGACCAGAUUCAAAGCGCUGAAGUGCAGUUUAAUGGAGAGAUGGCAGAGUUUCAGGCCCAGAUUGAAGACUUGGAGGCUGCGUUAGAUGAGAGUCUUCAGAAAGCUGCUGAAGAAGAAGUGAAGAACGAGAAGCUCAGUGCUAAGAUUGAGACGUUGGAGAAGGAUAUACCCAAGAAGGAGGAGCAGUUAACCUCGCUUGGAGCUGAACUGGAGAAGAAAGUGUCGGCUCUGGAGUUUUUGGACCAAGAGAUGCAACGCAUGCGAACUGUUCUUGAAGAUCAGGACAAACUUUUCCAAAAGCGAAUGCAGAAACAUAUUGAACAACAGCGUGAAGUAGUGGAGCGUGUUCGAGCAAGUGCAGAAGAGGAACGAGAACAUCAGCUUCAUGGGUGGGAGGCUGAGCGAGGCGAGAUGAUGCGUAAGUAUGAGACUCUGGCAGCUGAAAUGGAGAACGUAGCGGCUCAUAAUGCAAAGCUGCGAGUUGCGUUGGAUCAGGAGCGUAGGAAGACAGCGCAAAAUGAUCGAGAUAUGAGAAUUCUGUUGGCGCAGAUUGAUCGCGAGCGGCAAUCGAAGAAAGAGAACUUACGACAAAUUAAGUCUCUUUUCGAGCAAUUACAACGAGAAGCGUCAUAGUUUAAUAUUAAAAUGAGUCUUCGUCGCUUCCA